UUUCGCCCCUUUUCCAUCUCUCAUAUCCCAUUCUCUCCCCCAGAUCUAUCUCUUUUCCAGAACCCAAAAUGCCACCCCUCUCCUCCAUCCCCGUCUUCCUCGUCGCCACCGAGCACAUCUACAUCAUGGUCCUCGAAUCCUUCCUCUGGACCUCUCCCCGCGGCCGAAAAGCUUUCCGCACCACACCAGCAUUCGCUGAGAGUACAAAGGUCCUUGCCGCUAAUCAAGGACUGUAUAAUGGAUUCUUAGCCGCAGGGCUGUACUGGGGAUUGUUCCAUCCGGUUCGAGACUUCGGGAAACAGAUUCAGCUUUUCUUUUUGGGAUGCGUGUUGGCUGCUGGGGCGGUGGGUGGGGCUACGGCAAAUAAGAAGAUCUUCUUUAUUCAGGGUAUGCCGGGGAUGGUUGGGCUUGCUGCUGUAUUAUUAUCUUGAAUGUUAUAAACUUCAAUCGGCGUCUUUAGAAAUGCGUGAUAUUAAUAAUACUAUAAGAAGCUAAGAAGUGGCUUUAUUAUCGAG